CGAAAAAAUCCAGCCUCGUACUCCAAAAUUUGAGUAAAAGCGACUGUGUGAGAAAACAGAACUUAACCAAAGUUCUUGUCCGGCGCAGAGUAGAGGAGUUUCGUCUGUGUAAUCGAAAAAUGUGCCAAGGAUUAUCGUGGAUUGCAGUUCCAGACGAAAUAAUUAGUGGCGGCCUGCGAUCCGCGUUCGGUGAUGCGGUACGAGCGACACCGCGUACGCAUUUUGGCAUGCAAUCGCUCUGAAUUGCUGUAGGCUGUGGUGUUAGCGGGGUUUGCGGAACGAACAACCGAAACGCGAUACGUUUGAGUGCACAGCCAGCCAGCCAUCCCCGGGAGAAAUCAACUCGAACGCACGCUCCAUCAAAGAUAGCUUUGGAAGUGCGCAUUAUUCAGCAAACGAGACACACGCGAAGAACAAACACGGCUGUGCCGGAGGUUUGAGAGGCGACGAGAUAGAGAUCCUUUAGCCCCUUUCCUGCUUCCUACAGCAUGACGGUGGUGUAUCCGCGCAAAAUGUUGUCCCGCUUUCAUCCGUAUCAUGGACAGAACAUCAUUCUGUUCAACGAGAACACGGUCGCCUACAGGAAGGCAAGUUUUGGCAAUGCGCUCACCUUCAGCGAGAAGCCGCUGCAGCCGGGCGAGAUAUUCUUGCUGGAGAUUGAGAAAAACGAACGCGGUUGGAGCGGCCACAUGCGACUCGGACUCACUCAAUUGGAUAUCAAACCUGCCUCUACGCUCCAGUAUGCGCUGCCUGAUCUGGCGAACCUCGGUUCAAGCUGGGUGUUUCCAAUCACUCGCUCCGUAGGCAACUCGGUGCUGAAAAGCAACAUCCUAGGCAACGGAAUCAAUGUGAAGACGUCGCGCGGUGUCUUUCCACGUAGCUUGCUUAAACCAAUCACCCAGGAUGGAGCGAGCGCCGACAUUCUGCCAACCGACACCAACUCACGCAUCGGCGUGAUCUUUGUACCGAGCGAACACGAAGCGGACAAGGCCGAAAUGCACUUUAUCAUCAACGGCGAGGACCAUGGACCCUGCACACAGGACAUUCCGUACACUAAGGGUGCGCUGCACGUCGUAAUAGACGUUUACGGUACGACAAAGCAGGUGAAGAUCAUUCAGCUGUACGGUAUUUCAACAUUGCAGGGUGCGUGUCGAGACGCGAUACUUGCGCGGGUUAAGAAGUCCUCAAUUCCUGAACUGCCUCUACCGGAAAGUUUAAAAAACUAUCUGCUUCAGUAUGGGCUGUAGAAUGCGUGAUCAAGACAAUACAAUUUCACGUUCAGACGAAGCUUGAAGCUCAGGCGGUGCGACCUAAGCCCCCCUAGGAACCACCGAAUGAAAUUUCCCGCUUACUAUGUUUCUUUAGGGGGCCGUUACACGCUAAAUAUGAUUGAUCAAUGGAUGCGUCAAUAUAUUGUUGGUUGGUAAUAAGUGUUGGUCGCGGUUUUAGUGAACGGUAUAGUCAGGUUGAGGCCCCUGCGUUGUCGGAGAAUUUCAUCUGCAGUUUAUGGAAAAUACCUUCCACAGUGAAACAUUCCGGUAAAACACCAUUUCUUGCAACCGAAAUUCACGUAACGUAUUGAAUGUGUGUGUGGGCAAGAAUAUCAGAUUGACGGGCGAUUUCUGAUCCCUGAAAAUGUACCAUCAUUAAAAUUGCAAGAAUGGGCCGCUUAAGAGCCUUGUGUUGAGCAAUAUUGCUUUUCGUUCGUCAAACGGGCUCUAAAUCCUAACCACAGUAAUAUAGUAGCGUAUCCUGUAGCUCAUAAAUAAUUUUUCGGUGGUUUAUCUCGCUGAUUUUAUGCUAGUACAUCUUUCGGCCUUGAAAUUCGGCAUAGCUCUCGGGCCACGAAGGAGUACAACCCCCGAAAUAAAAACUGGGAGUUGAGAACUGGGAAAAUUGUGAAUAUGAUAAGAGAACCGUAUGAUAUAAGAUCCAACCAUCGUAACAGGAAAAUAUGCUGCUGCUUUUCGUUCCGUUGAAUAAACUCGGAAGAAAAGGAAAUGGACCAACAUCCUCGCGUCCAGUGCAGUGUAUUCCACCCUUCUUACUUGCCGAUGUUUGCAAUGUGUCAGUGUAAAGGUAUAUUUUGUAUAGUGAGUAAUUAAGCAUAAAUCUGUAAUAAAUGGAAAAACAAGAA